AGAGUGUGAGUGUGUGUGUGGAGGAGCUGAGGGAGAGGGCCGCUGUCCGUCACCCAUCACCCCGGGCCCACCUACCUGCCCGCCUGCAUCGCCCGCCGGAGACCGCCCGCUGGAGCCGCCAUGUCGGCGACCGCGCGCCGCAAGCAGGAGGAGAAGCAUCUGCGGCUGGUGCGCGAGCUGGGCGCGAGGACCCCCAACCGUCGCUGCGCCGAGUGUGAGCAGCGCGGGCCCACGUACACUGACAUCACCGUGGGCAGCUUCGUGUGUACCUCCUGCUCCGGGAUACUGAGAGGCCUCAACCCCCCUCACCGAGUGAAGUCCAUCUCCAUGACAACCUUUACUGAACAGGAAAUUGAAUUCCUUCAGUCGCAUGGCAAUGAGGUAUGCAGACAGAUCUGGCUGGGCCUGUUCGACUCCAGAUCAUCAGUCAUCCCAGAUUACAGGGAUCCACAGAAAAUCAAGGAAUUCCUACAGGAUAAAUAUGAGAAGAAAAGAUGGUAUGUUCCUCCCGAGCGCGUAAAGGUGUCUGCGGCCACUUCAGCCACCACCUCACUUAGCAGCAGAAGCAGCACGCCCGACAUCAAACCUCUGAAGAGCCUGGUGGGAGAAUCAACUCCGGCCCUGACUGUCACGAGAACCGUCAGUCAACCCGUGGGUCAGGCACAGGUGCAGCAGGCACAACAGCAGCAAGCAAAGAGGUCGCAGAUGGAUCUCCUGGCUGACAUUGGGGGCGACCCCUUUGCCACCUCUGCACCCCAGCAUGCAGCCACACAGGCCUUUGGGGCUUUCCCCGGCUUUGGAGUCCAGCAAACUGCACAUGCCAGUUUCCCGACCUUCAAUGCGUUCAGUGGAGGUGGUGCCACAGGUAACGUGGGAGGUUUCCCCUCGGUCCACCAAGCCCCAUUCCAGGCCCAGCCCGCGGCAUCAGGUGGUUCGAGCAGCGCUAACUUUGCAAACUUUGAUACCUUCCCAAAAUCUUCCAGCACUAGUUUCGGAGCGUUCACUAGCCCUCCCGCCACCUCCGUGCCCGCGGGUUCAACGGCCGCCUCCUCCGGUAAACAUGCCACCUCGCAAGCCGACAAAUACGCAGCGCUGGCAGAUUUAGAGAGCAUCUUUAACGCCCCUAAUUCCACUGCAGCAGGUGGUCAGAUGUCCAGCUUCAGUUUCACCUCCGCCGGCCAGCCGGCAGCCUCAUCGAGUCAAUACACAGGAGGCGAGUACAGCAGCGUCUUUGGUAUUGGAGUGCCUUCAAGUCAUGCCAGUGCUGGCACUAACAGUAUCUCCGGAACAGUGAGUGGAAGCCAAGUGCCUACACAGCAAUCUGUUGCUACUAGUACAGCUAACUUUGGAGCUUUCAGUAAUCCAUUUGCUGCUCCUACUGUCACGGCGCAAGCAGCUUCUACCAAUCCCUUCCAGACCAACGGGAUGGCACCAGUGUACGGAGUGCAGACCGUGUACGGAUCCGUGGCGCCCACUGCCGUCCCCGGCGGCUUUGUCGGGUUCCCGCAGCACCCGUUCUCGCAGCAGCAGCAGCAGCAGCAGCAGCCUCACCCUCAGCAGCAGCAGCAGCAGCAGCAGCAGCAGCAGCACCAGGCCUUUGGCCAGCAGCAGUCCUACCCGCAGCAGCAGCAGCAGCAGCAGCCGUUCCCCGUCCAGCAAGGAUACAGCCAGCAGCAGCAUGCGUUUGCCCAGCAACAGGCCUUCCUGCAGCAACAGGCCUUCGCUCAGCAGCACAAUGGAGCUGGAUUUGCUGCCUUUGGGCAGCCCAAAGUAAUGCAGCGACCAAUGGGGCCAUUGAUACAAGGAGGUGGAGCUCCCAGCAACCCGUUCAUGACUGGAGCCCCGCCAGGACAGUUUGCAGCAGGAAACACAUCCACCAACCCCUUCUUAUAGUCAGUGACCUGUAGUACUUCCAGCAUGUGGCUCUUCCAGGAUGGCCUUAAAGCACGUCGACCAACAGCUGUAACCUAUGCCACGCCAGUACACAUGUUUCUAUACUUUGGUGGUGACAGGGAGGGGCCAGGGGGAGUUGUUGGAAGAAGCAAAGCAUUGGGAAAUAUUUCUCCUAUUGUAAUCGUUCAACGUACCUGCGAUCAAAUUCCAGCACAGGGGGGGAG